AUGAAUGAUGAAAACAUAAAUAACUUAAUACAAAAAAUUGGUCAUAACAUAAAUGAUAUUAGAGAUAGGUCCAUGAUAAUGCUCAUACAAAAAUAUGAAAAGAAUAUAAUCAAAGAUAUAGAUUUAAAAAAAAGAAAUUAUUUUUUUUAUAUGAUUCUUCAUUAUAUCAAUGACAGAAACGCAUUUAUAUCUUUAAAAAAUUUGGCAGAUAUUCUGUUAUUUUUAAGAUGUAUUAUAAAGGAUGAAGAUAUUAAAAAAAAAUUCGAAAAUUUGGAUAUAAACAAAUUCAUUAAUGAAUUUUUAAUUCACUUUAAAAACAAUGAAGAAAAAUACAAGUCAAAUAAUUCUAUUAACUGUCGAAAAAAUAUACCAAAUGAUAAUAUAGUAUCAACAAAAGAUGAUGAGAAUACUAAAAAAAGUAAUCAUCAAUCUGCUAUUGCAGAUAGUCAUAAGGAAUAUAUUCAAGUUGUUCAUAUUUUGAAUGAACUCAAUAAUAUAUAUAAUAAUACAGAUAACAUAAUUGAUGAUGAUAAUCAAAAAAAAAUGAAUAAUGAUAAGAAUAUUAGUAUACAUGUAGCUAAUAAUAUUCCUAAUAAUAUUCCUUUAGAAUAUGAUACACAUGAUGUAAUCCAAAAAAAAUAUGUAACUAAUAAUAUAAUAAUUUGUGAUAACAAAAAAGAAAUGGAAGAACACAAAUCACAAGAUAAGGUGUCAAAAAAUAGUACAAUAAAUAUCGAUAGUUAUGAUACAACCCACAAGAAAAAUGAUCAAAAUUAUAAUAAUAUAGAGAAAAAAAUGAAUAAUAUAUACAAUCAAAGUGAUCAUACAAAUUCAUCUAGAACUUUUAAUAUAAAUCCAUUGGAUGAAAAAGAUAUAGAAAAUAUUAAUCAAAUAAUGAAAAAAAAUAAUUAUAUUAAUAUAUUUACAAAAAAUAAUUAUUUAUGUACUGAUGAUUUUGAAUAUUAUAAUAAUUUAUAUAUUCUUAAAAAUCAAAUAUAUCAAUAUAGUAUUCAUUUAUUAUUCAAUUAUAAAAAAUAUAAAGCAAAUAAAAUAAAAGCAGAUAACCAUUUCUUAUAUACCAUAAAACAAGAGACAGAACAAAAUAUGUAUGACGAUAUGGAACCUAUAUAUAAUACAUAUAUUUUUUCUUACUUAUAUAAUUUUUUUGACACCUUUGAAAUGUUUAAAAAAAAUUUCUUAGACAUAAAUAAUAUAAUGUGUAAUAAUAAAAAUAUUCUUCUAAAUAAUAACACUACAGAUAAAGAUGAAAGAAAUAAUAAAUUAAUAAACAAUAAUACAAUAAAAAAAAAGACAAGUAAUAAUUCUAUAGAUGUAUCACCCACAGGUAUAAAAAAAAAAAAUAAUAAUAAUAAUAAUAAUAAUCAUAUUGAUUCUAAAAAUAUAUACAGGUAUCCAACACAAGAGGAGCAAUAUAAAAAUAUACAUAUAUAUUUAUAUAAUAAAAAUAUAUAUUAUAAAAUUAACAAUUUUGUGAAUAAGAUAAAUAUUCUUUGUUAUCACACACAGAUGAAAUAUAAUUAUAUGGAAUUACUAGGUAUGAAUAUAAUAAAAAAAAAAAUUAGUGUUGAUGAUUUUAUAUAUAUGCAUAAAGAGAUACAUAAAAUAUUAAAUGAAUACAUAUAUAUAUUUAAUAAAGAUUUAUUUUUAUUUAAUUAUAAAUUUUUAUAUACACUUUCAUAUAAUAUACAUUAUAUAUAUAAAAAUUAUAUACAAAAUAAAAAUAAUAUAACUAAUGAUUUUUAUCAUAUUCAUAAUAUUUUAAACAACAUAUCAUAUAUAAUAUAUAUUAUAGUAUAUAGUUUAUAUAAUAAUAUAAAUAAAGGAUGUCUUUGUAAUAGUAUAUGUAAUAUAUAUUUAAAUAAUUUUUUUUUUCUACUUAUACAAAAUUUAUUUUAUCUGUUAUUACUUUUUAAUAAUUAUCAUAAUAAUAAUGACAAUAUUGUAAAAAAUGAUGAAAAUAAUUUCUCAAAUUUUAUAAUAUCAUCCAAACAAGAUGACAACCAAAAUGAUAUAUCUAAAUUUUUCAAAGCAAAAGAAAAACAAAAUAUCAUUUUAUUAAAUAAUAUUAACAAUUUUUAUUUUAAUAAAUUGAAAAAAAAAAUUCAAGGUAAAGAUUAUCAUGAUUCAAAUAUGAUAAUUUAUCAAAAUGAUAUAUAUCAAUAUUUAUUUGUAACAAAAAAUAGUUGCAUAUAUUUUUUUAAGUUUAUCAUUUUUUAUAUAUUAGAAAUAUUAAAAAAUAGUUAUUUCAAAAUAUAUCUUGUACGUAAAAAUUGUUCUACAUUAAAUUUCCCUCUAGACAAUUUUAUAAUUAUAUAUGACUUCUUAUAUAAUAUAUUAAUUCAUUAUUUCAAUGAUAAGAAAAAAAUAAUUGAUGAGCAUUUUCAAGUCUUUUUAAAUUAUAUCAAAGAAAUUCAUAUGUAUGACAAAAUAAACAAUCAAAAUGUUCAAAAUGAAAAAAAUGAUAACAAUCAUAACCAUAACAAUCAUAACAAUUAUAUUGAUUAUAAUAAUAAUGUGAUAAAUAAAAAAGAAAACAAUUUAAAAGAUAUUUUAAAAAAAAAUUAUCAUAUCAAAAAUUAUACAUCUGAUGAAUAUUAUUCAAAUAUACAUAAAUCAUCAUUACAUAUUCACAAUUCAUCAUAUCUUUCAGAUGUAUCAAACCAUAGCUCAUCAUCAAAUGAUUCUUAUUCAUAUACAAAUUCAAGAAAAGAAAUGAAUAGAUUUUCUACUAUUGAUUUUCUUUCUGAUAAGUCUAAUAUCUACCAAUAUACAUAUAAAUAUACUAAGAAACAAAUAGAAAUAUUAAAAAUAUUAUGUAUAUUUAUUAAUUAUACUCCUGUAUCUUUUAUAUUAAUGAAAAAAAUAAAACUAAAAUUUGUACAUGUUCUUAAAUCAUUCUUAUUUGAUAUUAAUUUGAAUAUAUAUAAUAAUGAGCUCUUGUACUUUUUGAAAAUUUUUUUUUUUUUCUAUGAUAAGGAAGUAUAUAAUCAGUAUAAUGAUUUUCUCUCAUAUUAUUAUGUAUUAGUAAAUAUGUUUUUUAUAGAUAUGGGCGAUGAUCCUAUGGACCAUGAUAAAAAAUAUGAAACAACAAAUUAUCAUAAUAAUAAUAAUUAUUAUCAUUUUAAUAUUGAUGAGGGGGAUCAAAUAAAUUAUCACAUAAAAAAUAACAACAUGGACACCUUAAAUGAAUAUAAUAGCUCAAAUAAUAACAACGAAUCAGAUAUAUUCACUUUUCUCAAUAUUUAUCAUAAUAUAUUUCAUUUCUUUUUCUUUUUACCUACCAACUAUUUUACCUUGAAUAAUUUUGUUGAUAAAUAUUUCAGUACGUUUGAUGGAUGUCAAAAUAUGGAUCAAAUGAGAAACACACCUAUAUUAACAAACCACAACGAAAAAUAUGCUAUAAAUGAAAUAAAUAAAAUAGAUGAAAUAAAUGAAAUAAAUAAAAUAGAUGAAAUAAAUAAAAUAGAUAAUAUAUAUCAUACAAAUAAUACAAGUGUAUCACAUACCAUAAACAAAUCCAAUAGCAUAUACAAUUUUAAUAGUUCCUUAUAUCCAUUUUAUAAAUUUAAUAUGCAUAAUAAUAAAAAUACUGAAGAAAUGUAUUCCCAACCCUUUCAAGUUAUAUUAUAUAAAAAAUUAAGACAAAAUGUAAAAUGUACUGAUAAGAAUAAUGAUAUUAAUAGUGAUGAUCUAAAAAAUGAUGUUCCUUCAAUAAAAAACUUUGCUAUAUUUUCCUCAAAAUUUAUUCAAAAUAUUAUUAAUGUAUUAAUAGAUAAUAAAUUAAAAGUUUUAUUUAAUAGUUUCCUUUUAUUAUCAUCAGAAUAUAAUUCUUUUUCAAAUUAUAUCAGCAUAGAUAAUAAAAUAACUAAUAAUUAUCAAUAUAUAGUUUAUACUUUAAAGGAUAUUAAUAAAAUGAAUAUAUUAAGAUUAAAUAAUAAUUUUCAAUAUAUCAAUUAUAAUAAUAUAACAGAUACAAAAUAUAUCAAAUUGUUUAAGAAUUUUAUUUUACUUUUACAUAAUAUUAUUUCAAUAAUUUAUAGUUACAAUAAUGAACUGAUUUAUUUCUUUUUUAAUUUUGUUUUCAAUAUUAAUGACGAGCAAACGAAGCUUUUAUCGAAUGGUUGCAAUAAGAAUAAUAAAGAGCAACCUUUAAAUUAUAUAGAGAAUCAUGACAUUUUUUAUGACGAAAAAAAGGAUGCAUGUGACAAAAAUGUAUAUCCCUUCAAUUACAAUAAAAAUAUAAAUAUAAAAAUAAAAAAUAAUCACCCUAAUGACAAUAAUGACAAUAAUGAUUAUAAUGACAAUAAUGACAAUAAUGAUUAUAAUGACAAUAAUGACAAUAAUUACAAUAAUGAUUAUAAUGAUGAUAAUAAUGAUACCUCUUAUUAUACCAGUUGGAAUAAAUACCAUAAACAAGAUGAUAAAAAAAAAAAAGAAAAUGUUGACAUAAUAAAAGAUGUGAGGCAUAAUUGUUUUAAUACAAAUAAACAUAAUGAUAUAAAUGACGAAAUAAAAGAAAUACAUCUAUUUAAUAAAAAUGCAAACAAUUAUAUAAAUAUUUAUGAAAAAAAUGAUAUAGUUGAAAAUACAACAAAUAAUUUAUACGAUAUAGAAAAUAAAUUAUCAUACAAUAUGCAAGAAUCUUCAUGUUCUAAUAUAUUUUUAACGUCUUAUCAAAUAAACGAAUUUAUUGAUAUUAUUUAUGAAAUAUGCAUAUAUAGUAAAAAAAUAGAUAUAAGAGAUUAUUACAUUGGUUAUAUAAUCGAAAAUAUUAAAAACAAAUUAACUGAUCUAUUGAAUAAGAUUAAAACUAUUCAUAUAAUUAAUGAAAAAAGAAAUAUUCUAUCUCAUAUUAAAAUGUUUUCUAGAGUUAUGUUGUUUUUAUUUUUUGUUAAAAAAAAAUAUAUCAUAUUAUAUGAACAGUGUGUAUACAAUAAUUUUCACUUUUUAUAUGAACAUUAUUUUUAUCCGUCAAUUUUUAAUCAAGAAAAACGAGAGCAUAUUUCUAUAAAUGACGAUACUAUUAAACAUAAGAUAUUCUUUUAUGAGCACAUUUUUUUAAAUAUACAUAAUGUAUAUUUCUAUUUGUUUCAAAAAAAAAAGAAAAAAAGAACAUUCUCUCUAAAAAUUUUUUGGAGAGCAUAUCAUAAUUUUCAGAUGCAAUUUAAAAAAGAGCAAUUCAUAAAUGAAGAAGAUAAUAUCCAAAAAGGGAUAGAAGAAAGAAAUAUAUAUGACCUUAAUGACAUAUCACAGGACAGAACAAAUACAUUCCACAAUAAUAAUAAUAAUAAUAAUAGUAAUAAUUUUAAUGUAAGUAAGGAAAAAGAUGUAGGUGCUAGCAAAAAAAAAGGUAAAGACCAAAAUUAUAGUAAUAUAUUUAAAUAUUCGAGUGACUGGAAUUAUAAAACAAAUGUAUUAAAUAUUUAUAUAACAGAUUUUUUAAAUAAAGAAUGUAUAUAUGAUGAAAAAAUACUUAUAGAUAUGUUAUCAAAUGUAUGUAUUCAUAGUAAAAAUGAAGAUGGCUCAUUAGAACUAUUUAAUUAUAUUAUAUUAUAUAUACUAAGAAAUUGUACUACUUCUAAUAUAUACCAUGAUGAAGAAAAAAGAAAAAAUUACGAAAGUUUCCUUCUUCUUAUUUAUAAUAAAAUAUUAUAUUUGUAUUUUAAAUUAUUAAAAGAAAUUCUACUUAAAGAACAGACUUAUAUAUAUAAUAUUGAAAUAUUUAUAUAUCUCUUAAAAAUUAUAAUACUCCUACUUAUAACAAAUAAUAGAAGUAGCAAUAUAUGUAAAAAAAUAUAUCAUAACAAAUACUUUUUUUUAUCACACAUAUAUUGUUUCUUUUUUUAUGAUAAUGAAAUUAUUAGAAUAUUAUCUUUUAGUUUAACUUUUUAUUUAAUAUUUGAUGAAAAAAUAUUACUUUUAUAUAAGUAUCGACUUUUUCUAGAGCCCUAUUAUUUAUUCCUAUCUGAUAAAGAUAAUUCGAAUGUAUAUAAACAUAGAAAUAAGGAUCAAGACACAAAGGGGUAUAUGAAUAAACCAACAGAUUCACCUAUGCUUAAUAUAGACAAGGUCUCUGUUGUAAGAAAAAACUCACAACAUUAUAAAAAUUCUAUAAUUGAAGAAAUAAAUGUUAAUGAUUUAUUUGUAUAUAUGCCGUAUGGUGAUCACAAAGAUGAAGAAUGUAAUAUUUAUAGUGACAAUAAAUAUAAUGAUGAUAUUCAUAAUUUUAAGAAUGUCAAUCGCAACAUAAAUAUUAUGAAUAACCUAUAUAAUAUGCCAUAUGUCAAAAAACAUAAUGUAACAUUCUUUAACUUAAAUAUUUAUGGAACAUAUAAAAAAAAAAAAAAAAAAAAAAAAGAUUCUACGUUCGCUCUAAAUAAAGAUAUUAACAUUAAUUUGAAUAAUUCUCUAGAGACAUCAUUUUAUAAUAUUGAAAACAAAAUUGUAUUUUUUAUUCCUUUAUGGUUAUAUAAAAAAUUACAAGGAAAUAAUUUUUUAUUCAUAAUAAAAAAAUUAAAGUCUUUUUUUUUCUUUACUACAAAGUUUAGUUAUUUACAUAUGUUUCAUGAUUCAACAAGAAAUAAAAAAGAAAAGGAAUUAUCAUUUUUUAAUGGAAUAUAUAAUAACGAUAAUUUAUUUAUGUCAUUUUAUUUAUUUAUAAAUAAAUAUUUCUAUUUAUUAUUACAAAAUAUUAAUAAUGAUUCGAAAGAAAAAUCAGAUCAUAUUUUAUAUAAUAGUAUAUAUGAACCAUUCCAAAGUGCUAAUUACAAUAUAUACAAAUCAACUUAUCUUAAUAUAAAUAAUGAACAAAAAAUAUAUACUAAUAAACAUUCUUAUUUUUUUAUAAAUAUAAAAUGUUAUUCUAAUAUAAAAGAAAAAAAACAAACAGAUAAAAAAUUACAUAAUAUAUGUAACACAUUAAUACAAAUAAAAGAAUUCCCUCCUAUAAACGAUUCAAUAUAUGAUAAUAUAAAUUUUGUAUAUAUAUAUAAUUUAAAGCGUCUUUUUGAUUUUUUAAAUAUAUCCUAUAUACAAUUAUUAUGUGUUAAUAAAAAUAAAAUGCAGGAGGAAUAUGAAAAUGAAAAUUAUUAUUCCGAGUUGAGAAAAGACAAUAAUAAUUAUAAAAAUGAAUAUAAUAUAAAAAAUGUAUUCUUAAAUGAUUACAAAUAUGAAGGAGAGAAGAAGCAAAAAAAAUAUAUAUAUGAAUUAUUCGACCAAGAUUAUACUCCUAUAUUAGAAGUAAUAAAUUUUGUAUACACAGAAAUGUUUCCUUAUAUGAAUAAGUUAACCUUUUUCAUAUAUAAUAAAAUAAUAGAGACUUAUAAAAAUCAAGAUCACCAUCAAAAUGAUAAUAAUAAUAAUAAUAAUAAUAAUAAUAAUAAUCAAUAUGGUAGUCAAAAUGAUAUCCAAUAUAAUAACAAUUUUGUAUAUAAUGAAAACAUAAGUAUACACAAAUAUAUGAUAUUACUAGAAUAUUUUAUCUGUAUAUUAGAUAUGUGUCUAUAUAUACAUUUAUUAUUAAAACAUCAAGAAAAUAAAAUCCAUAUAUAUAAUAAUAUAACCAAAUUUAAUAUCCAAAAUAUAGAUUUAUGUCUUUUUAUUUAUAAAUUAUUAUAUAUAUCUAUUAAUACUAAUCUUUUAAAAAAUAUCAUUUCUAACUUUUCAUUAAAUAUUAUAUAUAAUUUUUUACAAAUUAAUAAAAAUUAUUAUAUCCAAAUGAAAAAUAAUUUUUAUAAGAAUUAUGAUCAUUUUAUAAACAUUGAUUCAACUCAAGAAAAUGACGAAGAAAAUAAAAAUUAUGAAAAUGAAUUAUUAAUAAAACAUGAAAUAUAUAAUAAAAAAAAAAAUGAAGAAUCAGAAAUGAAUAUAUCCAUAUUGUUUAAUUUUUUGUUUUUUCUACUUUCAAAAUAUAGUAAAAAUAAUAUUAAGAAAAAAAAAAAAUAUUUACAUAUAGAAUCAAAUAAUUUAGGACAACAACAACAUAAUAAUAUUUACUCAAAUAUAAUUAAUCUGUAUGAACUUGAAAAAAGUAUAGAUGUAGAAAAUGUUACAUUUCAAAGUCAUGAAAAAGAAUAUCUUAAAAUAGAUAUAUUCUUCUUAAAAAAUAUUUUAUGUAUGUUACAUGUAUUUUUUACAAGAGGUAUUUAUUUAGAUAUCCAUAUUAUAAAUAAUGAUAUCUCUUAUAUGAACAUAAAUAUUCUUAUUCAACAUCAAUAUAAAUUAUUUAUGAACAAAAAUAAUAUUAAUCUUUUAAAAGAAAAAAUAAAAAAGCAAAAAAAAGAAAAUAUAAACAAUAAUAAUAAAAACAACACAUUUAGUUGUAAUGUCACAUCGUCACAUCAAAAUUUUUAUAGUGAUACCUCUAUUAAUAAUUUAGUAACAAACGAUACACAAAAUAUAAAUGAUAUGAAAGAAAUAAAUGAUAUGAAAGAAAUAAAUGAUAUGAAAGAUAUGAAUGAUAUAAAUGAUAUGAAAGAUAUGAAAGAUAUAAAUGAUAUGAAAGAUAUGAAUGAUAUUAAUAAUAUUACAAAUAAUUAUAUUAAAUAUUUAGACAUAUUCAAAAAACAUUUUUUAAAUAAUAAUUAUAUGAAAAUAUUUAUCAACUUUAGUAAUAUCUAUAAUGAUAUAAUUAUUGAAUCUUUAUAUAUACAAUUAUUACUUUUUUUUUUUAAAUAUAUGAUCCAAAGUUUAUCAUAUGAACUAUCAAAAGAAUAUACUAAAAACUUUUUUUGUCCUACCACUAGACACAUAUUGGUUUAUUUCUUAAAAUAUUAUAUGAUAGACAAACAGGUUUGUAAAUUUUUAAAAAAAUUUUAUUUCAUAAUUUUAAAAUACGUCAUCUAUAUACAGAAUAUAAACAUGGAACACGAAAAAGUAGAUGAGCCAUAUGUAAAUAAAGAGGAAAAAAGUGAUGAACAAAAUGUAAAUAAUAAUAAUAAUAAUAAUAAUAAUAGUAAUAAUAGUAAUAGUCAUAGUAAUAGUAAUAGUUGUAGUUAUGAUAUAAACAAGUAUAAUUAUAUAUUAAAAGAUGAAGAUGUAUACAAAAAUUAUUGUAAAUUAUUUUAUGAAUAUACUAUAAAUAAAUAUAGAAACAUACAACAUUCAUUAACAAAAAACGUUAGUAUAAACAAGAUAGAACAAAAUGAUUAUCAAAAUUUAGAUACACAAAAUAAUAUAUAUAUAAAUAAUAAUAUAUCUUCUGAAACAUUAUAUAAAAAUAUUUUUAAUGAUCAAAAUGGUUUAAAAAGAAAUUCAAGUAUCAAUAAAAACAAUAUUUGUAUGAUUCAUCUAUAUUGUACUAAUUGUAAAGAAAUCAAAAUUUUAUAUUUAUCUAUUAUUAAACUUUUAAGUUUUUCAUUAGAUCAUUUCCCUUUUUUUUUUUUUAUCUCGAAUAAUCAUAAAGAAGAAAAAAUUAAUAAAGAAAUACUAAAAACAAAAAAAGAAAAAUGUAAUGAUAAUAUUGUCUUUUUGUGUGAACAGAUAUUUUAUUUUUUAAAUAAAAAAAAUAUUUAUAAAAAUUAUUCAAAAAUGUAUAUUUCAUCAUGUUAUCAGAAAUAUUUUAUUAAAAUUUUUAUCAAGUUGUUAUAUUGGGAUGAACAACAAACAAUGAAUAAUUUACAUAAAUAUGAAAUAUAUAUUUUAAAAAAUAAUCACCACAAAAAUAUAUAUGACCAUCAUAAUAAUAAUAUUGAUAGGCACUCUAAAGAAUUCAACAAAUGUAUAAAUGUAUCUGAACAAAAAGAUAAUCAUAAAAAGAACACAGUGGAAAAUAAUAAUAUUAAUCAUAAUAAUAAUAAUAAUCAUAAUAAUCAUAAUAAUCAUAAUAAUCAUAAUAAUUAUAAUAAAUCUUUUAACUAUCAUCAUAUCAAUAAUUAUAAUAUUAUGAACAACAUUAAAUACAAUAUUAGAAAUCCUAAUCAUAUUUAUUCUAAAAAUCUUACACAAGAUAAUAUAUUUUAUAUAGAUAACUUCCUUAAUUUAAUAUUAAUAAAUAAAUACAAAAACGAAUAUAAUAUUUUUAAUAGAAUUAAUGAUAAAAUUUAUUAUUAUAUAUUAAUUGUAUGUAUAUGCUAUAAGGAUAAAAAUUUUUUAUCUCUUCUACUUUCUAAAUAUGAAUUAUUUUAUGAAGAGUAUAAUGAUCUUCUACAAAAAUAUUUAAAAUAUGUUAUAAAUAAUAAAAGCUUUAUGAAUAUCAAAAAAAUAAAAAAUGAAAAAAUGAUACAUAAAUUAUUAUAUAUUUUUCUAUCUUAUAUAUAUAUUUAUUUAAAUGAUUUAUAUAAUAUUUUUUUUACACAAAUAAAAAAUUCAUUAACAUUACCCUCUUUCUUUAAUAAUAUUAUUUAUAUAAACUCUGAAAAAAAUAAAAAACAAACACAUUCUUCCUAUAAUAUAACAAAUGAAGAGAUCAAAAAUAUUAGAAAUCAUGACACGGUCAUAAAUAAUCAUAAUACUUAUACAAUAUAUACAUUUUAUCAAAAUCUCAUAAAAAAAAACAAAAACUGGAAUCAAUUCUUAGAUAACUAUAAUGAUGAUAAAAUAAAAAAUGUUGUCAUUAAUAAUAUUUUUCAUAAUAAUAUUAUAUAUUUAUUUAUACUUUAUAUUAUAAAUGAUAAUAAAUAUGUUAUAAAAGAAAAUAGAACAAGUCAUGAACAGGAACAGGGUCAUUAUAAUUCCUGUAACACAAUAAAAAAAAUAAAUUUUGAAAAAUUAUAUAAAAAGGAAGAUACAAAUAUUCAAAACAAUUCCUCAAGUGAGCAAAAUAAAAAUAAACAAGAUAAACAUAAUAUAUAUAAUAAUAUACAUAAUAUAGACAACUCAUAUUCUAUGUGCAAUACAAAUAAUAUACAUAUAAUAUGUAAUACAAAAUAUAAUAAUAACCUAUGUCAACAUAUUAAUCAUUCUACUUAUAAUAUUUAUAUACACGGUGUAAUGUAUUCUACUUCCCAUAUUGAAGAAAGUAAUAAAACAUUUGUAAAUAAAAUCACAAUAAAUAUUAUAUUAUUUUUUCUUUUAUUCUUUUAUGAUUAUUAUUCAAAUAAUUAUAAAAUCAAAGAAAAUAUAUUAAUACAAAUAUGUAGACACAUCGUAGAGCAUUUUUCAACCUUGUUUAAUCAUGAUUUUGUCCUUAUACAUGAAAUAUAUAAAGAACUGAUGAAUUUAAAAAGAGAAAUAAACAAAAAAAAAACAAAUAUUGUUGAUAAAAAUAACCCCAUAAAAAAUUAUAUCACAAAUCUUAAAAGUAAUAAUGAUAGCAAUUUGGUCAUUCCAAAAAAAAAAAACGAAUUACAAGUUGAAGCAAAUAUUUGUACACCUAAAAAAUUUAGCAAUUAUUUAAAAAGGAAGGAUAAAAAAAUUGUAAGUUCUAUUUCACUGGAUAAGAAUAAAAAAAAAAAAAUGGUUCCCUUAAAAAAUAAAGACCAACAUGAACAAAAUGAUAUAAAUGAUAUAAGUGAUAUAAAUAAAAAUAAUAAUAAUAAUAUUAAUAAUGAUGAUAAAGAGAAGGAAAAUAUUAAUAAUCUUAUAAAUAGACACAUAUAUAUACUAUUCAACAUAAAGGAAAGAUUUAAGAGAGAUAAAAAACUUUUAUUUUUAUAUACAAUAAAUUCCUUUAGAGUAAUACAAAUAUAUAACAGUAUUUCAAAUAUUAUAUUUAAAUAUAAAUAUAUUUCUAUAUUGUUAAGAAAAUUAUGUUAUUUUACAAAUAAAGAUAUAUUAAAAUAUAUUUGUAGUUGUAUACAAUUUUAUUUGAGUGAUAAGAUAAAAGAAGAAUAUUGUCAUUCCUCUUUAUUUUUUUAUAAAAAUAAUAUUAAUAAUUUCGAUAUAGAAAUAGGAUAUUUUUCAUAUAUAUAUAUACAUAAUUUUUUUCAUUUUUUAUCUUGUUAUCUAUUAUAUGAUAUAAAUACAUUAUAUAAAUUUUGUUCUAAUGAAUUUAAAUGUAUAGAUAUUCUUAAUAAUUAUGUAAAGGAUUUAUUACAACUACAAAAUGAACAUGGUAUAUAUAUAUGUAUGGUCAUAUUAAACUUUUAUUUAAUUCUUAUGAAUACUUACUUUUUUGACUUUUCAUUUUAUGAAAAACAUUUACAUUUUAUAAAUCAAGAAAUAGACAUUGACGAUCCAUCAAAAAGAGAAGAUAUAAAACUAAAAAAUUAUAUAAUAAAUAAUUUCAAAAAUGAUAAAAGAAGAAAAGAUAUAGGAACAAAUAAUUUACAAAGGUCAAAUGAGCAUAUCACAUAUUACUCAUGUAUUAAAAAAUUAUACAGCCAAUUUAAUAAAUCAAAAUUUUUACAUUUUUUAGUUAACUAUAUUAUAAAUAAUAUUACCAAUAUAAAUAAUAUCAAUAUAAAUACAAAUAUAAGUACAAAUAUAAGUACAAAUAUUAAUACAAAUAUUAAUACAAAUUUAUGUCCAUAUACCAAUAUAAAUGUUCAUAAUAAUAAUAAUCGUUGUAAUAAUCGUAAGAGUAAUUAUGUUCAUGUGAAUAAAAGCAGAACAGAUAAAGAAAGAGACAAAAACAUUUUGUUUAUUUUAUUACAAUUUAUUAGUUACAAUAUGAUUUUUAUAGAUAACAAAAAUGAUAUAUAUAAAUUAUCCAAUGUAUUAAUAAAAUUUUUAAAAGAAAAAAAAAAAAAAGAAGAAGAAGAUGAUAUAUCAAUAUUAAUUUGUUAUUAUUAUAUUAUUCUUUUCUUCAAUUCAUGUUUUUUAAAUUGCACAUCUAUAGACGAACGUUUAAUAAAUCUAUUACUUAAUGUUGAUAAGAAUGAUAAUCUGUGGUUUAAUUUUAUUUUCAUGUCACCAAAACAAAUGAAAAGAAUCCAUAAUCAAAAUAAGAAACAAAUAUUAAUAUUAAUAAAAUUUUCUAUUUUACAUAUGUAUUUAUUAUUGUUAAAAAAUAAAACCAUUUUUAAAAAAUCUAUAUUAUAUAUAUCAAGUGAUAUCAACAUUUAUUUUGUCUUUAUAUAUAUACUUAAUGAAAUAUAUGAAUACUUUAAAAAUAUAAAUAUAAUACAAAAUAUCAAAAAGAUUGAACAAAUAGAUAAUAAUAAUAAUAAUAAUAAAAACAAAACGAAAAAUAUUAAUCUAUCAUCUAUAUAUAAAACUUCUAAUAUGAAUAAUAAUGAAAUGAUAAAUGAACAAAAUGUUAUAUAUAAUUAUAAUGAAAAAAUAAUACAAAAUGAUUAUUUAAUUAAUACAUAUAAUUUAAAUCAUACUACAUAUACAGAACAAUUGAAUGAAAAAGAAAAUAAAAAUAUGAAAUAUUUUUAUUUAUAUUGUGAACUCUUAGUUAUAUUAACUGAUAUUAUAAAAAUAUUAAAUAAUAAUGAUUUUAAUAAAUAUAUAACAAUUCAACAUAAUAAAGAUAAAGAAUCUUUAAUUACACAAUUUAUAAACUUAUAUUCAAAAAUUAAAAAAGAACUCAUAUAUAUAAACCAAUUAAUUAAAUUAAUAAAAUAUACUAUACUUAUACACCCAUUAAUGAUUCAUAUACAUAUAUUACAUCAAUUUUAUUUAUCAAUAUAUAUAAAAGAAUAUUAUUAUUUCCAUAAAUCAUUUUUUAAAUAUGAUAUUUUUAUGACAAAUUAUAUACACAUCAUUAAAAAUAAAAGAAAGGCAUUCAUUAAUAAGGAGAAUAAUAUAAAUAAGGAGAAUAAUAUAAAUAAGGAGAAUAAUAUAAAUAAGGAGAAUAAUUAUAAUAAAGACAAUAAUUAUAAUAAAGACAAUGAAGGCAAUAAUGUUCACAAUAUAGAUAAUGACCAAAUUGUAUGCAACGAAACGCAAUACAAAUAUAAUAAUAAAUUAAUUACAAAUAAAAAUGUAUCAAUUGCAAAUAUUCAUUCUUCCAAUAAGUCAGAUACUUUUUGUGAACAACAAAAUAAUGAUAAUAAAAAUAGGAACAAUUCUAAUAUAACUCGAUGGAAGAAUGAUUUGAAUAAAGAAAAAAUUAAUUUUUAUUUAUUUUUUAAUUCUCCUAAAAAUUAUAAUCUCCAAAUAAAUAAUUUAUGUUCGUCCAUGAUACAAAAUGAAUAUCAUGAUUCUCUUAAUAAAUAUUUCUCGACCAUUUUUCAACCAACAAAUGGUGACCCUUCAAAUUGUUUAAAAUAUGAUAAUGAGCAAAUAAAGAUAUAUGUUGACUAUAUAUAUGAUAGUGUUAAUUAUGCUUUAAAGUUUUUCAACACAAUAUAA